UCUGCAGCUGGCCAUGUUUUGACGAGCAAGACACGGGGGGCUGUUUAGUUCAAGUUCUGAAGCAGGGACCGCAGGUGAUUUAGCAAAACUAUGCCUGAGCCACUCAAAAAAACAGCAUCGGCGUUCACCAAAAAACCGAAGACACUCGAGGUGGUCGCCGGAGGAGGUGCUGAGUUUGUGGCUGAAACCGGCAAGGCAGAUGCCAAAGUGAAAUGGCAAAGGGAUGGCAAAGACAUUCAAGCAAGUGAUAAAUACGUGAUUAAGUCAGAAGGAGUGCAGCACACACUCACCGUGAACAAUGUGACCAAGGAGGAUGAAGUGGUGUAUGCCGUCAUUAGUGGCACGUCCAAAGUGAAGUUUGAAUUGAAAGUCAAGCAGGAAGGAACUCCAACCGGGACACCAGCGGCACCAGCAGAACCAGCGGCACCAGCAGAACCAGCAGCACCAGCAGCUCCAGCAACACAGGCAGCUCCAGCAACUCCAGCAGCACCAGCAGCACCAGCAGAACAAAAAGAGGAUGGCUCAGCAAAUGGUGCAGAACAUGGACAUGUUGCUGAGAAAGAUGAAGAUGAACCAACAAAAGCAGCAUCAUCAACAACAGGAGAGAGACAGGCAGAAAACUCAGCAAGUACUCCCAAAUCAGCAGAAGAAGUACCUACCCUCCAACUGCCUACUGAGAACCAGGAUGAAAAGCCUUCCGAUGCCGCACUGGCCAGGAAAGACUCGGUGUGGUCCUGUGGAGAAGCAGCUACUGAGGAACUUGCUAAACUUGACGAUUCUACACGGUCAACCCUCUUCAUUGAGAAACCUCAGAAUGGGACCGUCACCGUCGGUGAGGACAUCACUUUUGUGGCAAAAAUUGAAGCCAAGGACCUUUUGCGUAAGCCGAAUUGCAAGUGGUUCAAGGGGAAAUGGCUGGAUCUUGCGAGCAAAGCAGGGAAGCACUUGCAGCUGAAGGAAUCCUUUGACAGAAUCACCAGGAUUCACACCUUUGAGAUGCACAUUAUCAAAGCGAAGGAGAAUUAUGCUGGAAACUAUCGCUGUGAAGUGACCUGGAAAGACAAAUUUGACAGCUGUACCUUUGACUUGGAAGUAAUAGAGGCCCCAGAGGUUCAGCAGAUUGAUAUCCGUUCUGCCUUUAAACGCAGGACUGCACCAGUAAGCGGAGGUGAUGGUCAGGAUGAUGCGGGAGAGCUCGAUUUCAGCGGAUUGCUAAAACACCGGGAGAUGAAGGAAGAGAGCACGGAGCCUGAAGUUGACGUUUGGGAGCUGCUGAAAAAUGCUCAGCCGCACGAGUAUGAAAAGAUAGCUUUUGAAUAUGGCAUCACUGACCUCAGGGGCCUGCUGAGGCGCUUGAAGAGGAUAAAGAGGGAAGAAAAAAAGAGUGCAGCUUUUGCAAAGAUUCUGGAGCCCGGUUACCAAGUAGAGAAAGGUGACAAGAUCAGAUUUGUCGUGGAUUUGGCAGAUCCUACCGUUGACCUGAAAUGGUAUCGCAACGGUCAAGAAAUCCGACCUGGUCCGAAAUAUAUCUUUGAACACAAAGGAACACUGCGAAUGUUAACCAUCAAAAACUGCACCAUGGCAGAUGAUGCAGCGUACCAGGUAACAGCUGGGGAUGAGAAAUGUGCAACAGAAUUGUUUGUCAAAGAGCCCCCUGUUUUAAUCACUCGAGAGCUGGAAAAUCGCGAUGAGCUGGUUGGUGAGAGGGUGGAGUUGGAAUGUGAAGUGUCAGAAGAAAACGCGCAAGUGAAAUGGUUUAAAAAUGGGAUUGAACUUGGGGCUUCACCCAAGCACCGCUUUCGGACUGAGGGAAAGAAACACUGGCUCAUCAUCCCAGAGGCUACCAAAGCUGACUCUGGAACAUAUUCGGUGAAGACCACUGGAGGCCAGUCCACAGCUGAGCUGAAAGUUGAUAUGAAACCUCUGAAGAUAUUGCAGAAUCUCACCGACCAAGUUGUCCGAGCUGGUCAGCAGGCAGUCCUUGAGUGUGAAUUGUCGGAAGCGAGCGUGGGUGGAAAGUGGUACAAGAACGGCCAACUGAUCUAUCCAAGUGAACACAUAAAGAUAACUCACCGCAAAAAAGUACACAAGCUGGUGGUGGAAAAGAUGGCUUUGGACGAUGAUGGUUACUACACUUUCAUCCCAGACGGUUACUCAAUUCAGCUGGGAGCAAAGCUUCGUAUGAUUGAUGCUCCCAAGCUCCACCUUGACCAUCUCGCCAAGACGCCUGAGAUUGUGGUGGUGGCUGGAAAUAAACUUCGGUUGGACAUCCCAGUCACAGGGGAACCAAUACCAAGGAUUGUGUGGAUGAAAGGUGAAAAGGCAAUUAUGGAAACAGGGGGCCGGGUAAGAGCGGAAUCAUUCUCUGAUCACACUUCACUGGUGAUUGAUCUCGCUGAGAAAGAUGACUCAGGCUCGUACAAGAUUGUGGUGCAGAAUGAAGCUGGGGAAGACAGUGCUCAGCUGAAAAUAAAGGUGGUCGAUAUUCCUGAUGCCCCUGCACCACCGAUAGUUACGGAAGUUGGAGGUGACUGGUGUACAAUGACGUGGAAUCCUCCUGACUAUGAUGGAAGCUCCCCGAUUUUAGGGUACAUCAUUGAGAGGAAGAAGAAACAAAGCUCUCGAUGGAUGAGACUCAACUUUGACCUUUGUAAAGAAAUGACCUUUGAACCCAAGAACAUGAUUGAAGGGAUUCCUUAUGAAGUGCGAGUGUUUGCUGUCAACACCAUUGGAAUGUCCAAACCCAGUGAGCCAUCAAAAGCAUUUAUCCCUCUUGCCCCAACCAGUGAACCCACACUCCUCGCAUGUGAUGGUGUGACAGACACCAGUGUAUCUCUGAAAUGGAGGCCCCCUGAGCGCAUUGGAGCAGCAGGACUGGAUGGUUAUCGUAUUGAGUACUGCCUCGAAGGAACUAACGAAUGGAUCGUGGCAAACCCUGAGCUGACCGAUAAAACCAAGUACACCAUUAAUGGCCUGCCGACAGGAGAGAAGAUCUUUGUGAGGGUAAAGGCGGUGAACGUGGCUGGUGAAAGCCCUCCGAUCUGUCUGACCACAGCCAUCCUGGUCAAAGAGGUGGUGGAACCUCCGAAGAUUCGCCUUCCUCGGCAGCUGAAGCAGACAUACAUCCGCCGAGUUGGUGAGCCCCUGAAUCUCCUGAUCCCCUUCCAGGGUAAACCCAGGCCAAAGGUCAUGUGGACAAAGGAUGGUGCUCCUUUGGAUUUAAGUACAAUCAACGUUCGCAACACGGAAUCAGACACCGUGCUGUUCAUCCGUAAAGCAGAGCGGAAAAACUCAGGCCACUACGAGCUAACAGUCCAAGUGGAAAAGAUUGUGGACAAGGCCACAAUAAUCAUUCAGGUUGUUGAGAAACCUGGUCCACCAAUGAUAGUGAAGAUAGUUGAUGUUUGGGACACCAAUGUGGCGUUAGAGUGGACACCACCAAAGGAUGAUGGGAAUGCCAAUAUUACAGGUUAUACCAUUCAAAAAGCUGAUAAGAAGACAAUGGAUUGGUACACAGUGAUCGAACACUACCACAGAAACAACUGCGUCAUAUCCGAACUCAUCAUCGGGAAUGAGUAUUACUUCAGAAUCUUUUCCGAGAAUAUGUGCGGACUGAGUGAUGAUGCCACAAUCACAAAGAACAGCGCCUUAAUUCAGAAGGAUGGUUUAAUAUUAAAGCCUCCCAAGUACAAUGACUUUGACUUUGAUGAGGUGCCAAAGUUUACCCAUCCUUUGAUCAACACUAUAGCAGUGGCUGGGUACAAUGCAACCUUGAACUGCAGCGUCAGAGGCAACCCCAAGCCUAAAAUAUGUUGGAUGAAGAACAAGAUAAUAAUCGAGAAUGACCCCCGAUAUCGGAUGUUCUCCAACCAAGGAGUGUGUACUCUGGAGAUUCGCAAGCCCAGUCCAUUUGAUGGCGGGGUGUAUACUUGUAAAGCUAUCAAUGCCCUCGGUGAGGAUGAGGUGGAAUGUAAGAUGGAGGUCAAAGUUGCGCAGUAAGGAUUUGUGAUUUAUAUAUGUUCAUCCAGGUGGCUUUCCAUUUCAAGAGCUCUUGAUGCAGGGAGUGCCUCCGAAUAUCAUACACUCAUACAGGGACUCGAAGAAUAUUUUACCCCCAAAAUAAGAAUGCUUAUGACAAUGUGCACUGUGAAUUGUGUUUGUUCUUUUCUCAGCUCAGAAUGUGAUUAUAGAUUAUCUUUAGAGUUUGACAAGUACUUUCAAUGUGCAGCCCUGAUUUGCUAUGUUUUGGGGCUUGGAAUGAUCUAUAAAGUUAAUGAGCAGAGUUUUAACAUGCCAAUGACUACACAUGUAACCCUAACUGAAUGGUUUGUUUUUGGGGGGGGGGGGGGGG